AUGAAGUAUUUGUGUUUGAUAUUUUUGGCCACGUCAGUGGCUGGACGAUUUACUGAUGACUUUUACCAACUCUUGGCAAAAGAAAAUGCAGACAAGAAUCUGAUUUCAUCGCCCCUUUCCGCUGAAAUUAGCUUGGGCAUGGUCUACAUGGCAGCUGAGGGAAACACAGCCCAGGAAAUGAGGGACGUUUUAAAAUUGUCAGCGGACAAAAAGGAAGUGGCUGCCAAAUACAAAGCAUUUUUUACAAAUCUCAAAGAACGAGAAAAAGUUGCCAUCCUUGAUCUGGCAAACCGCAUAUACGUAAGCAACUCUUACAAGCUAACUCCGGAAUAUAACCAAGUGGUUAAAGAUUCCUUUAAGGCCGAAGCGGAGUCUAUUAGCUUAAAUAAUGUCGAGCGUGCCGUUUCGAUUAUCAAUGAGUGGGUUAAUAAUCAGACACACGGCAGGAUCCAAGACAUAGUUAACAGUGCUGAUUUGUCGGAUCUAGUAGUGUUACUUGUUAAUGCAAUUUACUUUAAAGGCCAGUGGCAAUACGAAUUUGAUCCCAAAAAUACCAAGAAUGCCGAUUUCCGAACUGCCAGCCAAGAACGCGUUCCUGUCCAGAUGAUGUCAUUAUCGGGCGGAUUUAAUGCGGAAUCAGAAUUAGAUGCCAAAGUGAUCGAACUUCCGUACCGGAAUUCGAGUCUGUCGAUGGUCAUCUUUUUGCCGGAGAAAGUUGAUGGCCUACAAGAAUUGGAGAAAAAGAUCCCAGGAUUCUCCCAGCCCCUAAAGAAAACUAAUGUAAAUUUAAGUCUUCCCAAGUUUAAAAUCGAAUUUUCUGCAAACCUAAAUUUACUUCUCUCGACAAUGGGCAUACGAGAUGCGUUCACGCCAGCUGCAGACUUAAGUGGGAUGGUAACAGCAAAAGUUGGCUAUAUUGGCAAAGCGCUCCAAAAGGCCUUUAUAGAAGUAAAUGAGGAAGGUGCCGAGGCAGCUGCUGCAACAGUUGUAAUAACACGAUUCAAGUGUGGAAAUUGCAUGCGUCCAUUCGAGUUUAAUGCCGAUCAUCCGUUUGCCUACGUCAUUCGCGAUAAAAACACAAUUUACUUUCAGGGCCACUUUGUAAGACCAGAUCAAUAAAGUACUUUAUCUCGCACAAUUGCGGAUAUGAAUUUAAACUCAAAUAUAACCUGUCAUGAUGGGGAAAUAUAAUUAAAAGACGAAGUCGCGACCAAUAACCAAUUUCAAAAUAAUCAAUCGAAUUGACUCCAAGUCAACUUUAUCUGGAACCAUUCGAAGGUAGCGUCUGUGCCGAUGAUAACCAAAAUAUGUUAAUUGUGAAAUA